GGCUGGAAGUACCACGUCGCCCAAGAGCAACUCACCCGAGCCAAUGGCCUCCCAGCGCCAGUGCCCGAAUCCAAAUUCCAAGCCCACCCUACCCGCCUCAUGCCGCUCCCCACGCUUCUCCUUCUUCCCCUUUCCACCCCUCCGCUGCCCCGUGCUCGCCCUUGCCAUGGCGGCCGCCUCACCCUCAAGCCGCUGGGGUGCCGCCGCGGAACCGUGCGCGUCAGGGCGUCGUCGGAGACCACCGAGCCACCGCCGCCGUCCAGAACCCAGAUGAUCAUGGACAAGAUUUCCUCAGCCGGCGACGAGGUCGGCGGCGCCGGCGGGGCCUACUCAUACGACGCGCUGAAAAGGCUGGACCAAAUCUGCUCCAGCAUAUGCUCAGCUCCCCAACAAGUCUCCCCCUCCUCCUCCUCCAAAGCCCCUCCCCAAAUCGUCACCCGGGUCCAGGGCCCAGCACCGGCGGCGGAUGCCGAUCUCGGCGCAGAGACCUUCGACGUGCUGGUGUGCGGCGGCACGCUGGGCAUCUUCAUCGCCACGGCGCUCAGCUACAGAGGCCUCCGGGUGGGGAUCAUCGAGAGGAACGCCGUCAAAGGGCGGGAGCAGGAGUGGAACAUCUCGCGCAAGGAGCUCAUGGAGAUCGUGCAGGUCGGCAUCCUCUCCGAGGCCGAGGCCGAGCAGGUGGUCACCAGCGAUUUCAACCCCAACCGGUGCGGCUUCGAGGGUAAAGGCGAGAUAUGGGUGGAGGACAUCCUCCACCUCGGCAUAUCGCCGGCGAAGCUCGUCGAGAUCAUGAAAGCGCGCUUCAUUUCCUCAGGAGGAGCCAUCUUCGAGGGGAAGAGCGUGUCGAGCAUUUCGGUUCACGACGAUCUUGCGGUGCUGCAACUGGGCGACGGUGACCGUCUGCGCUGCCGGCUCGUCGUCGAUGCCAUGGGCAACUUCUCCCCGAUCGUGCGGCAGAUCCGCUCCGGCAGGAGACCGGACGGACUGUGCCUCGUCGUCGGUGCCUGUGCCCGUGGGUUUGAGAAGAACACAACCAGUGAUGUUAUCUUCAGUAGCUCGUCAGUGAAGAGUGUUGGAGAUUCAGGGGGAUCAGUGCAGCUCUUCUGGGAGGCAUUUCCUGCCGGCUCCGGCCCGACUGAUCGCACCACAUACAUGUUCACAUAUGUCGAUCCGCAGUUCGGGUGCCCAAAGCUGGAGGAACUCUUGGAGAUGUUCUGGGAUCUCAUGCCUGGUUACCAAGAUACAGUUCUUGACAACUUGGACAUAAGGAGAGUCAUAUAUGGGAUCUUCCCGACUUACCGGGACAGCCCGCUGCCGGCCGCGUUCGACCGGAUCUUGCAGGUCGGCGACGCCAGUGGCAUCCAGUCACCCGUUUCAUUCGGAGGGUUUGGGAGCCUGACAAGGCAUCUCGGCCGACUGUCCAACGGUGUAUACGAAGCGGUUUCAGGAGAUUUCCUGGACACACAAAGUCUGAAGCUGUUAAACCCUUACAUGCCGAAUCUAAGCGCGUCAUGGCUGUUCCAAAGAGCAAUGUCGACGAGGCCCGGGACCGACAUUUUGCCGACAUUUAUCAACGAGCUUCUCUUUGCGAAUUUCCAGUCGAUGCAGAAGCUUGGGGACUCGGUGCUUCGGCCGUUUCUCCAGGAUGUGAUACAGUUUGGACCUUUGGUGAAAACGUUGGGCCUGGUCAUGAUCAGCCGGCCGCAGAUCUUGCCUGAAAUAUUCAAGCAGGUUGGAGUUGGGGUCAUCCUCAACUGGUCAGGCCACUUUGUGAUGCUUGGUCACUACACCUUCCUUUCCAGCUUUGUCGGUCCGGCUGUUAGGCCUUGGGUUAAAUCUUUGGCGCCGAGGGAUAGAUAUCGGUGGGAGCGGUAUCUUGAAGCAUGGGAAUAUGGAGCUGGCUUAGACUAUCGUCAAGAGGAAUGAAGAAGCUCCGGCCAUUAAAAAGGAAUACUAUACUUACUUCCUCGGCAAAUGAAAAAACAGGGGAAUUUUGCCGCUGGUUGGGACAAUGAUCAAGUCUGUUAUUACUAUGCUCCCAUUGAGAGAUACACUUGCUGGGCUGAAGAACUGACUGAGGUGCUGCAAUAAUAAAUAAUAAAGUUUGUAUAUACCGUUUUGCAUUGGGUUCAGGCUGGUUGCAUUUCAAAAGCUCUGUUUGAAGCCGACGGUGCAGCGAGGACUAGAAUUCUGAACCUCAGAAGCUGUGUCUGAAGCCGAUGGUGCAGCGAGGGUGAACUUCACAAGCUGUGUCUGAAGCCGACGGUGCGGCGAGGGUGAACUUCAAAAGCUCUGUCUGAAGCCGACGGUGCAGCGAGGACUAGAAUUCUGAACCUCGCAAGCUGUGUCUGAAGCCAACUAUGAAGCUGUGUCUGAGGACUACUGGAAUUCUGGAGCUCCUCUGCAUUGUGAGCUUCAGAUUGACGCUAAGAGGUGCCACGUUUUAACUGACGCUCCUGAUCACUGACGGCGCUUUGUAUCUUACAUUUGUGUUUGGGUCAUAAUAUGUUUAUAAGAUUGCUAUCAUGUGUUAUAGAGUGUAUGCUGGAAAAUGCUUGUCUUGGCAUUUUCUACAGGGAACUUAUAUCUGAUCAACAUAUACUUACUAUACUUCGGGCAUUUGUUCGAGUUUGUCA